AUGGCUAAACUUCUCUCUUUCGUAUUCUUCUGCUUAUGUAUCGGUGCCACAUUCGGUCAUGGACGAGGUCACGGCUCAAUCUUUAAUUUUUUCGCUCAACUGUUUUUAACUCCAACCAGUAUUUGUGCCAAUACAACAACUCAAGCAUCGUAUUUGACAAGCACUCUAAAUCUUCUCAAUACUUUUCAACAGAAUACAACAUACUACACAGUUUUGCAAACUCAAUCACCAAACUUCGUUGCAUACGUGAGAAACUCAGCUAAUCAAGCAUUGUUGUACAGCAACUGUACAGCUUUCGUCAGUGGUGUUAAAUCAGCCAAGACAGCAGACAAAACAGCUGAAUGUAACCGACAAAAGAUUGCUCGAGAUAUUUCUCAACGACUUCAACAAAUUCCGCAUACUGUCACCGGUAGCAAGGGUCCCAAUGACUUAGAUAGCGAUGAAAAUUUUGGAAAGCAUUGUCAUUGA